AUGUCUACAGAAGCUGUUAAAAGUACAAAGGUGCCCACGCAUCACAAACGUACCUACACUGGCUACGCGGACCUCAAGUCAGAAAAAGAAAAGUGGGCAUCGGAAACUUGGAAAUUGUGGGAAAAAUAUGGUGUUGGCGAGGCAGAUGACAAAGAUAGUUUCCAAAAGUCCUUUGUUCGUCACGUGACCACAACUCUUGCCAGAUCCGCUUAUAACAUUGACAACUUUAGCGCAUAUCAGGCUACUGCUCACACUGUUCGGGAUCGAUUGAUCAAGAGAUGGAAUGAUACUCAACAGGCUCACACCGAAGGGGAUUCAAAGCGUGUCUAUUAUCUCUCUUUGGAAUUUUUGCUGGGUAGAUCAUUAGAUAACGCUCUUCUUAACUUGGGACUGAAGGAAAGCUAUGGAGAUGGUGUCGAGGAACUGGGUUUCAAUAUGGAAGACGUCCUUGAUCAAGAAGUUGAUGCUGCUCUCGGUAACGGUGGCUUAGGUCGUCUUGCUGCAUGUUACAUGGAUUCUCUUGCUACGUUAAAUUAUCCAGCCUGGGGUUACGGUCUUAGAUACACUUAUGGAAUCUUUCAACAAAGAUUGAAGGAUGGGUACCAAGUUGAAUUUCCAGAUUAUUGGUUAAAUUUCGAUAAUCCUUGGGAAUUGCCUCGCCUUGACGUUGUUGUUGACGUUAAUUUCGGCGGAUCUGUCAGCAAAUACACUGAUGAACUAGGCCAAGUACGACACGUUUGGGAAGGUGCCGAGCAAGUUCAGGCCGUGGCCUAUGACGUACCUAUUCCUGGUUAUGAUACCAAUAAUUGCAUCAAUAUUCGAUUGUGGAGUAGUAAGCCGAAGCGUCAAUUUGAUCUCAAUCGAUUCAAUGAAGGUCAAUAUGAUCAAGCUGUUGAUGAACAAAUGAAGGCUAGAAACAUUACUGCAGUCCUCUACCCUAACGAUAACCAUAUGGUUGGUAAAGAAUUACGCCUUAAACAACAAUACUUCUGGGUGUCUGCCAGUCUUUCCGACAUCAUUCGUCGAUUUAAAAAAACCAAAGCGCCGUUUAGCUCAUUUGCAGAACGUGUUGCUAUUCAGUUAAAUGAUACUCAUCCAGCUCUUGCCAUUGUCGAAUUGCAAAGGAUCUUGGUUGAUAUCGAAGGUCUCACUUGGGAUGAAGCAUGGGAUAUAGUUGUUGAUACAUUUGCCUUUACGAACCAUACAAUUCUACCCGAGGCCAUGGAAAAAUGGCCGGUUCCUAUGGUGCAGUAUUUGUUGCCUAGACAUAUGCAAAUUAUUUUUGAUAUCAACUUGUUCUUUUUGCAAAAAGUCGAACAAAAAUAUCCCGAAGAUCGUGAUCUUCUAGCCAAAUUGUCAAUUAUUGAAGAAUCAGCACCACAAUUUGUGAGAAUGGCGCAUCUUGCUAUCGUCGGCUCACAUCGUGUCAAUGGCGUCGCCAAGUUGCAUUCAACUUUAAUCAAAGAAACGAUUUUCAAAGAUUUCGUCCGGUACUACGGCUCUGAUAAGUUCGUGAACAAAACUAACGGAAUUACCCCUCGCAGAUGGUUGCAUCAAGCCAAUCCUAGGUUAAGUAAACUGAUCACCGAGAAAUUGGGAAAUAAGGAUUGGGUGAAAGAAUUGAGUUUAUUGAAAAAUCUUGAAAAAUUCAUUGGUGAUAAAGAUUUCAGAAAGCGCUGGGUCGAAGUAAAACGUACAAAUAAGGUUCGCUUGGCAAAGUAUAUCGAGAAGAAUACCGGCAUUUUAGUUAAUGCAAAUGCUUUAUUUGACAUCCAAGUAAAACGAAUUCAUGAGUACAAAAGACAGUUUAUGAAUAUAUUGGGUGUCAUUCACCGUUAUAACACAUUGAAAAAAAUGUCUGCCAAAGAAGCCUCCAACGUGGUUCCUCGAGUUGUUAUCUUUGGUGGAAAAGCUGCACCAGGCUAUUACAUCGCCAAAUUGGUUAUCAAACUGAUAAACAGUGUUGCUGAUGUCGUGAACAAAGACCAUUCUAUUCAUGAUUUGCUGAAGGUCGUUUUUAUUCCUGAUUAUAAUGUUUCUGUUGCCGAAAUAAUUAUCCCGGCUUCAGAUAUUUCACAGCAUAUCUCGACUGCUGGUACCGAAGCAUCCGGUACUAGUAACAUGAAGUUUGUUUUGAACGGCGGUCUAAUUCUCGGAACUGUUGAUGGUGCAAAUAUCGAAAUUCACGAAGAAAUUGGAGACGAGAAUAUUUUCAUGUUUGGAAAUUUGGCAGAUAAAGUCGAGGACUUGAGACAUGCCCAUAGAUACCGAAAUGUGCCAAUGGAUCCUACACUGCAAAAAGUGAUAAAUGAUAUUGAAUCUGGUCAAUUCGGUGAUCCACGCAUAUUUUCACCUUUGAUAAAUACCUUGACCAUCGGCAAAGAUUACUACUUAAUAUCGGAUGAUUUCGAUUCUUACCUUAGAGCGCAGGAGAUGGUAGACGAAGCCUAUAAAGAUCAAGAAGAAUGGACAAUAAAGAGCAUUUACUGUACCGCACGUAUGGGCAAAUUUUCAUCUGACCGCGCUAUCAAAGAAUACGCAGAAAGUAUUUGGAAUACUGAGCCUGUACCCAUUAAUAUGAU